CAAUCCCCGCCCCGUCACGCCGUCGGCGUUGAGCUCUGUGACGUCAGUCGCAGCCCGAACCCUCCUGAGUACUGCUCUCUCCGUCUGGGCUCAUUGACAGCACGGCCUAGCAGUAUCUUGCCAACUCCACCAUGGAGUUUGGCUGUUCGACAGAAAUGACAACAAACCCUCCAGCACCAGAUUUUCAGAACAAAAACCGUGCUGCUAUCCUGGCUGAGCUCAAACAGGAGAAGAAAAAAUUAAUAAUGCAAAAUCAGUCAGCAAUGAACAACCCUGGAGCCAGUAUCCCUUUAUCAAGACCUGCUUUUGCUAAAGAUUUUCGAGACCACGCUGAACAGCAGCACAUUGCGGCACAACAGAAAGCAGCUUUGCAGCAUGCACAUGCACAUUCUUCAGGAUAUUUCAUAACUCAGGACUCUGCAUUUGGAAAUCUUAUUCUUCCUGUGUUGCCACGUUUGGAUCCAGAAUAACCAUCCAAAAUAAUAAUUAUUAAACUGAUAAUUUAAGAAAAAACACACAGGACUUCACUUUUCACAGCAGAAUGAACACCGAUUAAAGGGAAGAGAACAUUUACCGAUCUGUUCAUCGGUUGAUUUCGUCAGUGGACCAUGACGUUUCGUAGCAGAAUUUGCAUAUGGAUAUUUUGUACAAGAGCAAAGGAACCACUCGAUUUGUGUUUUCAAAAAAAAAAUCUCAAUACAGAAGUUGGCUUUUGUUUAUCUUUUGUGACUGGCCCAGGUUAGAAUUAAAUUCAUUAACACGAAAAGAGAUGCCAAAUGUUCGGGAGCAAAUUAACAUUAGCGGAUCAUAAUUUUGUGGAGAUCUUUAGAACUUCAACAAAAGGCAGGGCCUUUGUUGUGCGUUAUCUGAAUUCAGCCUCUGUUAUGAGAAAAGCACUGCUUUGUUGCUGACUGCUGCUUGUGGUUACAUCAUUACACAAUGACCUGAAACUUUACAUGCUGCUAAUUGGAAUUAACAAGCUCCUGCUGUCUAAAUUGAGUAAAUUUUCAAAGAUACAGUCAUGAGAGGAAAUUUACAAUAGUUGUUGUCUUAAAAUAUUUGUGUUCAAAUGUAUAAUCUCCAGUUGUAGCUGAAACAGUAUAUUUGGGCUUUUAGUGAACCCUUUACUGAAUCUCACCAGAUAUCCCUCACAAUAAUUGAAUUUUGACAAUAACCUGUUAAAACAAAAUGCAAUUUUUUAACUGCUUGCACAGGAAAGGCUUUCUUAGUUAUACAGUAUUUUGUGAAAGAUCAAUAGUAUUCACCACUUCUGAAGAAGAGUAUUGUUUUGUUAACUAAGCUUACAAUAACUGUAGGUAACAAUGCUGAAAAGCUGUGUCAGGCUAUGUUCAAAAUUAGUUCCAAUUACACAAGCUAUAAAAAUAGGAAAUGCUUCAUAUUGUUUACCAGGUUAGUCAGCAUAACGAGAAAGGAACUGUUAACAUUUUGCGUUUUGACAAGCUUUUCUCCAAAAGUAAGUGUAACAGGUGUGCAGAAACAAAAAAAAGUAGGUAGAUGGAGGAAAUUACCAGCUAAAUGUUUUAAUUCUUUCUAGUUUUGGUUAAAAGUUUAUUGAUUUUGAAACUGAUUUCACAAAUACCAACCUACCAGAUAAGCGUUUGGUUUUAUUUCAGAUUUGCACUGUUUUGCUUCUGUAUUAGCUAUUCCUCUAUAUAGUUCUCAGUCCACUUUUUUUUCGUAUGUUGCAGUGCACAUCAGCAAUGCAACAAGAACAAGAUCUAUUUUCUAGUUACUCCAGCAUGCCCCUCAUUGCUCCAAUAAUAUAUUGGUUAACUGUGGCAGAGAACUGAAUCAGAUCUGUUUUUCAAAGAUGCCAUGAAGUGCAGAGAUUAUUCAUAUAGUUCCCAAAUAAAAUGAACGUCUAAACACGAGUGAAAGGAAGAAAAGGGGCAGCUUUAUUGAUGAUUCAGCACUGCUGCCCCCCCCCCCCCCCCACUUCCCCCACUUGACUGAGAUCCCAGAGGGUAAAUGGAUUUGCAUAGUUAUACUUCAGCAACAUGUGGAGAUCCUCAGAGGAGGAGAACCCUUUCAGAUAAAAUCAAUUUAAAGGUGGGAAAAGAAUGCUGAAGUUUUCAUCUCAUUACUUUUAAAAUUUUUUUUUAUAGAUAGUUCUGUAUGCUAUAAAUACCAAUUUGCAUACACUUUUCUCCCAAAUAUUGAGUCACAAGUUAUUAAUUGCAUCAAAUCUUUCCUAUUUGUAUCAUACAAAAAAGUUUUGUGCCACAUUCAUGAUUUUAGAGUCAGUAUUACAUAAAAUUACAAACAUCAAGCACUUUAAACCAGCUGAUCUACGACUGGUCAUGCUCCAGACAUGUCCUCUUAUCCCUGUUUUGCACAUCCUUUUUUACCUUUCUCACUUUGUCUUUAUCUGGUUUCCUCUUAAAUACAUUCAUAGCAUUCACAUCAACCACUCCAGCAAGUCUGUUUAUUAAUAAUCAUGGCCCUGGUCAUUGUAGCAACAUACCCUGAAAGAUGCACUGUGACAUCCCGCAUGAGUUUGGAUGCAUUGGCUGUGUGGUAUUUUCCUAAAAGGUUUAAACUUCUGAUGGGCAAUUGUUCUAUGUCUGGAAGAAGUUUCCAAUUCUGAGUAACCCAAGUCAGAGACUUUAAAGGGUUCCAACUUCCUUUGCUGAAUGGUUAGCCAGGAAAGGUUGGAGGGAUUAAAAUCUACUGUAACUCUGGGUAAGUCAAAAGGUCACAUGAGACCUCAGACGCGGCCACUACUAGCCCCAAACUACUCAGCCUCAUACCCUAUUUCCACAAACAUACCGAUAUUUCCCCAUGUGUGCACACACCGCCCAACUGAUUCCACCUAAACUGAAUUGAAACCACCACCCACCCCCUCCUCACUCACCCACCCAACAUAUCGAGCUGCCACGACGUUCCUGGCCACAGCCACCUAACUUUACACACUUCAUGACUUUUCAAAGAUGAUUUGGACCUUUAAACCUAGAAUACUACGAUCAUUGCUAUAAAAGUGGGGUUGUACUUGGUCUCUGGCACAGAUGUUGAGUUGAAAGACUGGCAUAUCACCUAUGGCCAGUCUGUCUCGAGAGCCCUGAAUUGGUGGUUGAGUCAAAAAUAAACCGACCUCUGUGGCAGGUUAAGAGUGAAGGAGUACAGUGGCCCAUUGAAUGUGACUCAAUUUAAAACCAGGUAGAAGAACUGUCCGUUUUUCAAGCAGCAAUAAAAUGAGUGCCUUGUAUCCUGGAGAAAACUACUUGUUUUACAGAUUCAAACAUGAGAAGCUAUCUGUUUGUUGAAGACAAAUUGAACAAAAUAUUUAAGGAAAACCACUGUAAAACAGAAGAUACAUCCCUCAGUGAUGUUGGUUUCUUAAUGCUACAUCCAGAAUAAACACACGAGUUAUCAGUUUGAAAGUGAACUGUUGCGUUCUCCACAUUGCUGUCAGCCCUACAGAGUGUUUUCAGCACUUAUUUCAGAUUUACUGCAUCUGCAUUUAUUUGCUUUCAUAAACAUAGCCAUUCCUUUUCAUAGAGGUACAACACAAAGGGACAAUUUUUAAGUUUCAGUGCCUGUGCCCGUUUUAUUUUGUCUAGUUUCGUUGUGGUUGAUGGUGAUUUUAAAAACCUGAGUUCACGGUGGGAACAUCAGUUUAUGUUCUUUUGUUUGCCAGUUGCGUGUGUUCUCUUGGGAUCAGGUGUUUUGUGGUUUGUUAUAAAUUUAAAAGAUAUUGAGCCUUCAAGCAGAGCACAGCAUAUUAAUUAAUUCCCAAGCCCAGCAUGCAACCAUGUCUUCUGGUACAAAAGGGUAAUUAUUUCAAUGGAGAGUUGAAUCAUUAUUUCCGGGUAUUGUGUUUAUUGGCGUAUCUUAAUAAAAUUCUGAUACAAUUGCUACCCAUUUUUGCUAUAAACAAUACAAUAAAACUACUUGGUUACCGCA